AAGAGGAAGGAGAGGCUCUAAUUCUAUUGUAUGAGUAGCCACCAAUGCCUGUCCCCAGCAGUAUGGGCAGAGAUGAGUGCCUCUGUUUCGUCCUCUGCUCUAGUUGCCAUCACGGCCAAAGCCACCACCGCCACCUCCCGUAUCCGCCGGAAGAAGUUUAGUUUCACCUUCAAGCCUUCCAUUGCUCCAUCCCAUUGCAGACGCAGUUUUUCACUCCGAGUUAAAAAUGAUUCUAGGACUGAAGUGUCCACCACAGAAGAAGCCAUUGAAAAAUCAGAUGAUGCUGAUAAGAUAGUAGAUGGGAUGAACUUUGGUGAGCUGUGCAAUGAGUUUGAGUGUAUCAGCAGCCCUUUGGUUGAAUCAACAGCUAGACAGCUCGCUCGUGAUAUCUUAGAGCUUAGGGAAGGCAACCGUGCCAUUGGAACCUAUGCUGUUUCGGUUAAAUACAAGGAUCCAGUUAGAAGUUUUACUGGUCGUGAAAAGUACAAAAGACCUCUAUGGAUAACUAGGGCACUGGAAAAACCUUCUGUGAGUGUGCAAGAAAUGGUCAUGUUAACAACCAGUGUGCUAAGUAUCAAGUGGACAAUAAAAGGAAAGCCAAAAUCUGUCAUUGCUGGUAUUGGAGGAGAGUUAGUGAUAAGAAUCAACUCAAAAUUUACCUUAAACCAGAUCAGUGGCCAAGUGACUGAGCAUGAAGAGUCCUGGGACUUAUCAUCUUCAUCUUCUGUCAGUCAGGCCUACUUCUGGGCAUCUCGUCGAAUUUUCGCCACAACUGAGGCUGCCAAAGAUUUGGCUGAUCUUGUCAAAAACUUGUCCAGAGGUUUCCCAAAAGAAAAACAAAACAUGGAGAUUUAUCCAGACCCUUCUGGUGAUCCAACAAAGUUCUUUCAGAGGGAUGACAGUUUUCAAAGAGAUGCAUACCAAAUUGCACUACUUCUGGCUGUCCUAUAUUUAGUUGUACAGUUUUUGAGGACAACUUUGUAAGAAGUAAAGCCAGGCUAGCUUAUCACCACUUGUAAUAUGUAUUCAUAAAUGUAAUUACUCAUGUUAUACACUCAUAUCAAUCAUAUAUUUAUAUUGGUUUAGACAUGUUUAGAAGAUAAGAAAGAAAAAAUAUAUAUCAAACCAAUUUGUAUUCCA